AUGGAUUCGGAGGGUGCAUAUUGGAUGGGUGUGGAUAAACUUCCUGAGAAGUACGGAGAGGGUUCGUUCCCCUCUUCUUUGAGGAAAAUCUCCUUCCAAGGGAUAGUUUCAGUCCUGUGGCAUUCCCAUACCCAGCUCAUGCUCAGGGAACUGGACAGGAAUUAUGCAAAAACACCUCCAAUCUCACCCGAUUACACCAUGGUUUCACAUGUUGUACGCAUCAUUUCAAGAACUACAUGA